AUGCCAACCCACCUCCGAUCAAAGUCUCAGAGCGGGACGGCUAGUCUGUAUACUACCCGCUUCUGGCAGUGGGACAGAUUCUUCGUCGGCGAAAGCAAGACCACGGAUCCAAGCAGCCUGACGGCCAUCACCAGCUACCCAAACAGCUUGAACUGGAACGAGAUGCGAGACCGCGACAGGGGCGGUCCAAGGAAAUACAUCCUGCGCCCGGUCAAGAUUCGUCGCAAAGACACCGAGUGGCUUGCCACGAUCCCGAUCCGCGCCAUCUACUUCCCCGUCUGCCAGCAGACCGACGAGGCGUACAAGCAGUACUGCACCUACGUCGUCAUCGACUUCAAGGCGCGCGACACCAUCAACUGCUUCAACAUCGCAGGAGAGCCGCGUACCUAUCCGUCCACGCGCGAAGCAGGCCUUGGCCUGAAUAAGGACCUGACGUGGCUCUUCAAGGUCCCGGACCUCAUCACCUACCUGACCAUUCCCCACAAGCUGCGCAAUCCGGAGUACGGCGUCUACAACGCGACGACGAGGACCGACGCGCUGUUCCUCGUCGGGCACGCGGGGCGUACCUGGACGGCGAGCGAUACCGUCCACACGGAUGGGUUCAUUCGCGAGAUCGACCUUGCGAAUGUCAUUAGCGCGACCUUUGGUGUCGAGGUUGGAUGGCGCCCGUACAAGUAUUCUUCUUUUAUCCUGGACCUGGUCACGCACGUGGUCCAGCUCGGCCUUGGCUUUAUCCCCGGAGCAGGACCCCUUUUGUCUGUGGCCUUUGGCAUCGGACUACAGCUCCUCAACGACCCCGACACGUUCAAGGCGGAUAAUGUGCUAGAUAUUAGCGCCGCGGUCCUGUCGACAUUGAUCGCCUCGGCGGGGAAGUCGAAGAAGUAUGUUGCUCCAGGCUUCCUUCCCGGGGCGACUUUGUCAUCGACGAGGAUGGCGAGUAUGCGGAUGGCCCCUAUGGCUUUGACGUCGGCUUCGGAGGCUGAUGAUAUGAUGGCUGAUGAGGUUGAGACCAUCGAUGAGGGGGACGCCGCUGAGAAGAAGAAAGCUGGGGAGGAGGAGAAUGCACGGAUUACGGCAGCUAUUCAAGCGCAGCGGCAGGUUCUUGAGUUGAAGCUGGAUGAAGCAUUCCGGAGAGCAGGAUACUGA